AUGGUUCUUCCCAUAAUAGUGGGAAUCGGUGCCACGGUGCUUGCACUUACGGCCAAGUCCACUAUUGCGGCGUACCGGAAGUUUCUCUUCCUCACCCCGCAAAUGAUAGCGUCCUUGAACAAUAUCAAUCUUGUAGACGAUCAGGGCGAUUCCAGACUCGACAAGUCCGACCCGAACUUCAGCCAUAUUCGGUUUCUCCGCAGCCACUAUCCUAACGCGCCGUUCAGCGAGCCAAUGACGGAGCUGGAAGCAUUGUUGAUUCUAGGUAUAGAAGGUGACGAAAUCGUCAAUUUUAAUAAAAAGCUCCUUAGGGACAGAUACAGAAAGUUGAUGAUUCUCAACCAUCCGGACAAAAAUGGAAGCCAAUAUAUGAGUCAGAAGAUCAACCAGGCCAAAUACGUGCUUGACAAUAGUUAUAUGUUCAAAAACGAAAAAUAG